CCGCUUAUAGAAUUCUCACUGAUGUUACGAACGGCAGAGGAAGAAUUUCAACAUCGGCCGCACUGCCAGCAAGCGCCCUAUUGGCCUAAACGUCAGAGUUCUCGACGGCGAACUGUUUAUAAGCAGCAUCAACAUCCAGAAAAACCACUUGUGCCACUGCACGCCAUCAAGUCCGGCAUUGACCUAACCCAAUUGGUCAGGGUCGAUGCCAUCCACAUGUGCUACCCUAGCAACCAAUCGGGGCAAACCAAUCCAGUGACGCUCACCGACACCAAGGAGUGGCCGACGCACUCCAGAAAGCUCAAACGAACGCGAUGCCGGAACUACCAACCUUUAGUGGCGACCAAUUAGAGGACCCGAUGGGGUUCUUCAGCACCCUCGAAACCGAAAUCCAAACGACCGACCCAACGGAAACACUGAAGACGGUCACAGCGCAACUUAGAGAAGAUGCCGCGAAAUGGUGGAAAGGAUAUGAAGCAUUCUCGCCGACUUACACCGACCUGAAAUCCGUGAGAAGUAGUACGACAGCAGCAAGAUUCGGGGUAAGCUCUCCAUUCGGAAUUCUUCGGUCGAGAGCAGAACAUGGACUCCCCACAACUGUUUCUCCAAAGGAAGGCUCAGUUAGCCUGAAGAUCCCGAUUAUUUCACCAAAAAAAUCGAGAACUGCAACAAGGCGCUGCGCUGGUCCGAAACACUCUACCAGUACCAUCAUCACCUGCGGACCCCAAACGACCGCCCAACACCCCAGGGUGUCAUCACUGCUCAUAAUACCACGUUCGCCGCGGCUGCCUAGCUCUGGCUAGGCGCCGAAAUCAGGGAAACGGGACAGCGGUCGAGAGCAACACCCGGGAACGAAGCUACGUCAGAGAACGUCAAUUGCAUGCUGCCUCCAACAAUCGAACAUCCGAAGGGUGAAACCCCCAAUAACCUGGUGAUUGCGGCGAACGAAUAAAUAGCCAAGCUUGCGGAUCAAGUCAAAGAAAGGCUCAGAGACGCCAUCAUUCUGGUACAAACGCCCGUAUAGAUAAGAUUCAACCGAGACUAUACAGUACGAGAUGGAUACUUAACCGCCAAUCAAAAUAAAACGGGCCAGAAUCAAAUACUACCACUGACCAACAAACGAGAGCCGAUAAAAGACGCUACCGUGCGACCACGUCAACCAAGUCUCCAAUGGGAAAUCAAUCGGGGACCUUAUGGGACCGUACACCGCAGCGAACACUGGCAACAGGUUCAUCUUCAUCGCAACAAACCUAUACAGCAUGUGGGUGGAAGCCUUUCCUCUACGUUUCGCCAACACGACACCACCGACAUCGUGGUCAACAGGCUGGAAAAUGAAAUUUUCGGACGCCACGGAUUUACCUCCAUCCAGAAGGUGCUGCGUAUCCACUUAGAAGGGAAGGACCCCAAGGCAUGGGAUGCAGUAUUAUCCAUAACACUUGUUCAUCCCAAUACCAGCGAUACAUGGCAACCAAUACCGCUACCGCUUAAGAUAUGCCAACUUCGGACCCACCAAGGUUCAGUCCCAAGAAGGCGACAGAGUAAUGGAAAGGUCACGAGACACCGCGACUUGAGGGUUUAAACGCACAUGGAAUGGGCCAUCUCCAGUAGUAGCAAUAGCCGGGACAAACGCGUACUUUGAAGAGACAACGUGGAGUUGGUAAAGGUCCACAUACAGGAGCGACUCCCUGAAUCCAACCCCCUUUAUUUUUGCGACUAGUCGUGCGACAGAUAAUCGCAAGUGUGCGCCUAGCCCACACUAAUAUUUAUAUAUUGCCUUAUAGUAAAAUCUGGCCCAAUGAACGUUCUACUACAAGCAAUGAUAUAUAUUUCUACUUUGCGCUAUUAAAAGCAUUUGGUCAUUUAACAUUCGGUUGCGGUAGGCGUAUCUUUAAUUCGGCUCUCCUUGUUCUUAGUUCAAUUACAAUGACCCGCGUCAUUAACUCAUCCCGAAUAUACACAAAUAGGGUACUGAAUAUGCACACAUAGUGUACUAUAAAUAAUUACGUUACCCUAUUUCUAACCGCGCUUUGCUAAUUCCCUUUUAGCUUCCUUACGGUUAGAUAAAAAAGCAACUUGUGUUAUGAAUAAAUGAAGUAGGUAACUAAUUUCCUUACAUUGCUAAAACACACAUUCGGUCAGACAAAUUUAUCUUAUCAAUUUUUAAAUUAUGCAUUUUUACUAAACUGGAUCAUUUUCUGUGUACACGGAACCCUUGUUACUCCCUACAGAUCUAUUCGUUAAACCAGGAGAAUAUAGAAUUAGCAUCAGGCUUUUUUCGGUGACCAUUUGUAUAAUAGCUAAUUUAGAAAAAGAAAGAAAGAAAGAAAAAGUCACUAACCGUGACACAAAAGGAUUAAAGCAAAUGGAAACGUCUAUGGACGCCGCGUACAGUCACCUCCAGACAAUUCGAUGACCAUCUCGAUGGCUGGCGCAACCGUAACUUUACUUUUCUCAUUUACAUUUCAUCAAAAGGGAAAUUCUCGUUACUGUUAUAGCACGUUUUUGGCACAUGAUACUUUUUAACCGCAAAAUGGGCACAGUAAAUAAUGGUAACAAUAACAAUAUUUAUAAUCUUUAUGUAAAAAAAGUAAUCAAUUCCAAAUACUUACAUAAUAAAAGAUAACCAUGGGUAUAAAUACUUUUGUUUAUAAUUGAAUGACCAAUGAAUGUAGGUAGCACCUUUCUGUGAACACAUUAGAGUGAUGAUGGACGGGGAAUACAUUAUUCAUGGGGACCAACUAAAAGUGCCAAUUUCGAAUGAAUCUCUGGGACUUGCGUUAUAUAAUGCUUUACUGGGUAGUACUGAAGCUCCAAUAUUUAUAGACUCGGUGUCUGGGGAAACUGUGAGUAACAAGGCUCUACUCAAAAACUCCUGCCUUUUAGCAGAAGCCUUGCGGAACUACGGUUUGGGGAAGAACGAUAUAAUUGGGAUUUGCAGUGAAAACAGUUUAUACUAUUGCAAUCCCGUUUUAGCCGCUUUGUAUUGUGGUGUACCUUUAACCACGUUCAGCCCCUACUACACUACAGGAGAAUUACUGCAUGUUGCCAACCUUUCUCAGCCGUCUAUAAUAUUCUGUUCGCUUGGGUCAAGUGCGGUGGUACUGAACGUGAAAGGUCAGCUGAAGGUGACACCUAAAAUAAUAAUAUUGGAUCAAAAAGACGAUCAUAAUGGUUGUCAAUCAGUAGAAAAUUUUAUUAAGGAAAACGUCCCUAAAAAUUUCGACGUAAAUAAAUUCCAGCCUAGUCCAGUGAAUGCCAAGGAAGAUGUUGCAUUUGUUUUAUACUCUUCGGGCACGACUGGAUUACCGAAGGGAGUCAUGUUGACGCAUUAUAACUACAACGCGUCUAUUUCAAUUUUUGGUGAUAUUUUUCAAUCAAAACCACUUAACACGCCAGGCUUGGCUUUCAUGCCCCUAUGCCAUGCGUACGGCUUAUACUUGGUCGCGUGGAAAAUAAUUUGGGGGGGAUUGGUAGUAAUAAUGAACAAAUUCAGCCCCGAAGUUUAUCUCAGGUGUUUACAAGAUUAUAAAAUUGAAGACCUUAACAUCGUACCAUCAAUUGGGAAUUUUUUGGCAAAAAGUGACUUGGUAGAAAAGUAUGACUUAUCAAAUAUCAAGCAAAUAUUUUGUGGGACGGCACCAUUAAGUAAGGAUAUUGAGCAGAUAUUAAUUAAACGCUUUAAAGUAAAUGGAGUUCAGCAAGGGUAUGGAAUGACAGAAACGACCGCUGGAGCGAUAAGUCCAAUAUUGAAUACAAACGCUAUCGGUUCAUGUGGUUGCGUUUUGCCAAGCCUCUCGGCAAGAAUUGUAGAUGUCGAUACAGGAAAAUCGUUGGGGCCCAUGCAACGUGGAGAAUUGUGGUGUCGUGGUUCUGUUAUAAUGAAGGGAUAUAUAAACAAUCCAGAAGCAACUAAGGAUGCUAUAGACACAGAUGGAUGGCUACAUACCGGAGACAUUGCGUACUACGAUGAAAACCAUGCGAUAUAUGUAGUGGACAGACUAAAGGAGAUAAUGAAGUGUAAAGGGCACCAAGUUGCUCCCGCAGAGCUGGAAGCUAUUUUAAUGAACAAUGCCAAGAUAUCUGACGUCGCUGUAAUCGGCGUUCCUCACGAGCGAGACGGUGAGGUGCCCUUUGCAUUUGUGGUAUCCGUCCCUAACCAAACGCUAACAGAAGAAGAAGUGAAGGAUUUUCUUGCCGACCAAGUGGCACCUUAUAAGCAACUUCGAGGAGGUGUCAAAUUUGUGAACCAGAUCCCUCGAAACGGCAGUGGAAAAAUUCUCCAUCGCGUAUUAAGAGAUCAGUACAUUAGAGAGACAAUCAAAGCUUAGUGUAUAAGAAAUUGUUUCAAUAAAGAUUAACCUAUAUGUAGAAUUGGUACAAUUUUUGUGUACACAUAUACUAGAAUCU